AUGUACAAACGAAAAGAGAAUGCCUAUUCCAAUCCAGAAGAUCUUCGAGUGAUUGCAAAAAACAAGGAUCAAGGUACCAAUGCUGCAGUAGAUGAUCCUGAAAGUAUGACCAAUCGAGUGAAGAGAAUUCAUGCCAAUGAUUUGGAGAAUAUAUUGCCCUUCUUUUUAGUGACAGUUCCGUAUGUGUUGGUCAGCUCCUUGCAAGUGUCAAGUACGACUUCACCACAGUAUGCAAUUUGGGAUUCUGUGAUUGGAAAUGUGUUAAUGUUUAGUUUUACCUUGUCGAGAUAUUUGUAUUUUGUGGCGUAUUGGAGAGCGUGGCAACCGUGGCGAUCCUUGAUUUGGUUUUGGGGGUUGAUGACCACAGUGCUCAUCGGAAUUUAUACGAUUGUGUGUCUCUAUGUGUUGUAA